AUCUUUAUAGGAAUUUGUAACGUUUCAGCUUGGUUAAAAUUGGUUACCCAUACCAACGUCAACAUGUUUAACUGACUAAUAGGCUAUGUUAAAACCAACCUCAGUGACGCCCAAUGCGCUUGCAUAGGCGCGCACUUAAAUAGGCGGUCUUGUUUCUGGACCAAAGAAAUCAAGCAUCUAUUUGAAUCCAAGGAGAGGUGCAUUAGCCUACAUAAUGACGCUCUUUUUUAUGUUGAUGCUAGUCAGUGCUGAUGCCAGUAUGGCACUACACGCCCGAACUUUCAAAAACGAUGAUCGUUACUCUGGUCUUUCGUUAGUGUGUGACCGCUGUCCACCUGGAACGUACCUCCGCGCGCCCUGCAGUGCAAUGCGAAAGAGCGACUGUGCGGAAUGUCCCAAUGGGGCAUACACUGAAUUUUGGAACCACAUCUCCAAGUGCCUGCGCUGCAGCAUGUGCGCCGAGAACCAGGUUGUCAAGCAGGCGUGUUCUCCAUCCAAAAACUGCGAGUGCGAGUGCAAGGAGGAUUACUACUUCAACAAGAGAUACGAAGCAUGCAUCAAACAUAAAGAAUGUCCCCCCGGGUAUGGAGCGAAUAAUACAGGUACACCACAACAAGAUACAGAAUGUGUGCAGUGCCAGGCCGGAUUCUAUUCUGAAGUUUCCUCCGCAAAAGCGACCUGUCUAGCGCAAUCAAACUGCAAAGUUGGUGGACUGCGCGUGGUUCUGAAAGGCCAGGACUGGCACGAUACACUGUGCGCCUCAUGCCAUGACCUCAAAACUCGUGAUGGAGCUGAAUAUCUGCAUGAAAUCCUUCCUACGUUCUUCAUUCAACUUCACCAGACGAUGGGAAUCAAAAGAAUGCGUCGGUUAGCAAUGAGGCUGCCACAAGAGGGAGACAAGAAACCGCUCAUAGGAACGGUCAUGAAGCUUAAUAGAAGGGGUCUUCACGAUUUUAUGAACAGUUGGGACCAAGGUGCAGGGAACGAUCAGGUUAGGAAACUUCCUGAGAUGUUGAGGAAGAUAGGGGCCUUCAACAUGGGAGACAAACUAGGGCGUAAACUGGCAUAUAUCGACCAGCAAUCCAAACUCUGUGAAGAGUUAGUUGAAGUAGCCCAAAAUUAGUUCAAGUAGCCUGUCAUCCCCAUCUUCUGAAUAACAUCUUGAGCAGGACAGCAAAAAGUUAUUCAGUUCAACAGGUGUCCAUUCAUUUUAAAUGGUCCAUAUAGGGUAUGUGGGCUAUACAGUCUAGACCAGGGUUCUCCAAUAGGUGGCCCAUGGGCCAAAUUCUGCGCUUGGGUUUUUUUUGACCACAAGUUUUCUGGGCAAAAAUAUGUUUUUUAUAGGCCUAUAUCAUUUUCUUUGUUGGACAUAAAAGACUAAAAUCACCAGGAAAUCAGCUCAAAGUCAUUUUAAUUUAGGAAAUCUAUUCCCAAGUAUUCCUACACAUACAUAGGGGUAUACUGUAUGUGAUUGUAUCCCAAUGUGAUCAAGGUUUGAAAUGAUUCUGCUUUUGUCAAACACUAUCUGUUUGGGAUUCUUGCGGUUGAUUUGCAGUGUACAAAUUAUUUAGAACUAUUCAAAAAACAUUCCUUACCCCAGGAUAUUUCAACUGGUGACUAUCCAGCAGAAUAAAGAAAAAAGGUGCUCUCAGUUUCUGCAUAAAUCUGAUAGAUUUCUUGAUGGGACAAACCAGCUUUUUCUGUUAAGCUGGGCUGAAUCACGUUUGGGUAUACCUUUUUUUUCCAUUAUUUAUAACUGUGUUGCGGCCCCCCCGACCAUGCACUCAAGGAAAAAUCGUCCCAAGGCUGAAUGUCACUGGGGACCCAAUGUCUAGAUAUAUUGUUUCAUUGAUUGUUUCAUUAAAUGUAUCAUGUUCCUACCUCUGUUGCAAUCAAUGGUUACGCCUUCAAAACACACACACACAAAAUGUUGCUGUUAUGCAAACAUGUUUUAUGAUUUAGUUGCAUUUUAAGAAAGAUUUCAAGAUUUAAGAAAUAUAUUUUUAUUUAAGGCACACUUUUUGGAUAUGGAAAAUGUUCUAAUAUAGUAUAAGAGAAUCCUUAAAUGCUUUUUGCAAUAAUGUUUCUUCCUUUUCAUGUGAGACACAAGGACUUUGGGCUACUCUUACAUAAAUGUCUCUCUACACUUCAAAGUAGCAUUUUUUUUUUAUUUGUGAAAAGUUGUCUUUUUUAUUUUGCUGUAAACUUUACACGGCACAUGUGUUUGCAGUAAUCUCGGCACCCAUAACCAAAUAGACUAUCUUUCACACACGUAGAUAUACUAUACAGUAUAAGUUUCUGAUCUGCUAAAGCCAUUUUUCACUGAGUGUUACCCAUGGAAUGUGUAAUCGGUUCAAUAGUCAAUAAAAACAAUUCAACAUACA